AUGGCAGAGGAAAAUCAACUUGCUGCCUUCGAGGAGAACACACCACCAACGCCGGUUCAUUCUCAACAGCCCACGAUGCACGUGCCGCCGCUACUGACCCCUGCAGGCGUACCACUGGCAUAUCAGGGAGCUCCUUCGACUCAUCUCCCGCCACCUGCGUCUUCGGCCACACCCCCGACAUAUUCAGGAGCGCCUCUCCCGCAAGCCCCACCACCGAUAGUGCAGGCGUCAUCUGCAUCAGAUGAUCGUGUGCGCAUUGCACUGCUCGAGAGCACAAUCAAUCAACUAGCCGCAAACAUGGCCACCAAUAUGGCUGAGCUUAUGGCCCUACUUAGAGGCCCAAACUGUGCUUCAUCGAGCUCCACCCCGCCUCCAGGGUAUGAGCCAGUGGUCGAUCCGAACCCAUGGGCCCCGUCGACCUUUGUUCCCGAGAGUAGAGAUGAGCCCACCCCGACGACAGUGAACACACCUGCGGCCUAUCCGGUUAACAAUCUCUCGGCACUGCCCACUUUCUCGCACUCGUCUAACGUCACGGCUGUCGCUCUUUUCCCAUAA